GUGUGCAGGGACAGACGGAGCUGUGCACAGACCAGAGAGGGGAACGGGCCAGAGACAGCGGGGCCAGAGCAUCAGGGACAGUGCCAGUGGGACAGGGACAGCAGGGUCCAAGCAUCAGGAACAGUGACAGCGGAGCCGGGAACCGUGCGACAGGGACAGCGGGGCCGCUUGGCGGGGACACUGGGGCCGCUGUCCGUCCCGGGCGGAGAUGGAGCUGGAGGCCUCGAAAAGGGCCCCCGCGCACAGCGACAGUAACCCACGCAGCGGCAGCAACCAAGACAGGGAAGAAGUGAAGAAAGGGAAUUUGAUUGCACCACUAGCACUGUUUCGGUACUCUGACUGGCAGGACAAAGCAUUCAUGCUCCUGGGCACCGUCAUGGCCAUUGCUCACGGAUCAGGGCUUCCCCUCAUGAUGAUAGUGUUUGGGCAAAUGACGGAUAAAUUUGUUAACACUGCUGGAAAUUUCUCCUUUCCAGUGAAUUUUUCAUUGUCACAGCUAAAUCCAGGCAGAAUUUUGGAAGAAGAAAUGACUAGAUACGCCUAUUAUUAUUCAGGAUUAGGUGCUGGAGUUCUGGUUGCUGCCUAUAUACAGGUUUCAUUUUGGACUUUGGCAGCUGGCCGACAGAUUAAGAAAAUUAGGCAAAAGUUUUUUCAUGCUGUUCUACGACAGGAAAUAGGCUGGUUUGACAUCAACGACAUUGCUGAACUCAAUACACGGCUAACGGAUGACAUCUCCAAAAUCAGUGAAGGAAUUGGUGACAAGGUUGGAAUGUUCUUUCAAGCAGUGGCCACGUUUUUUGCAGGAUUUGUAGUGGGUUUCGUCAGAGGCUGGAAGCUCACCCUGGUGGUCAUGGCCAUCAGCCCCGUGCUGGGACUGUCCACCGCUGUCUGGGCAAAGGUCCUCUCUGCGUUUAGUGACAAGGAGCUGGCUGCGUAUGCCAAGGCGGGUGCUGUGGCAGAGGAGGCCUUGGGAGCCAUCAGGACCGUGAUAGCUUUCGGAGGCCAGAACAAAAUGCUGGAAAGGUAUCAGAAACAUUUAGAAAAUGCCAAAAAGAUUGGAAUUAAAAAAGCGAUUUCUGCGAACAUUUCCAUGGGCAUCGCCUUCCUGUUAAUAUACGCAUCCUACGCUCUGGCCUUCUGGUAUGGGUCCACACUGGUGAUAUCACAGGAGUAUACGCUUGGAAAUGCAAUGACAGUGUUCUUUUCCAUCCUCAUUGGAGCAUUCAGCAUUGGCCAGGCUGCUCCGUGUGUUGAUGCUUUUGCCAACGCGAGAGGAGCAGCAUACGUGAUCUUUGGAAUUAUUGACAGUGAUCCUAAAAUUGACAGUUUUUCAGAGAGAGGAUAUAAACCAGACAGCAUCAAAGGGAAUCUGGAGUUCAGUGAUGUUCAUUUUGCUUAUCCAUCUCGAGCCAAUGUCAAGAUCCUGAAGGGGCUCAGCCUGCAGGUGCAGAGUGGCCAGACGGUAGCGCUGGUGGGGCGCAGUGGCUGUGGGAAGAGCACUGCUGUGCAGCUGGUGCAGAGGCUCUACGACCCCACCCAGGGCACGAUCAGCAUUGAUGGCCAGGAUAUCAGGAGCCUUAACGUGAGAUACCUGAGGGAAAUCAUUGGCGUGGUGAGUCAGGAGCCCGUGCUGUUUUCUACCACGAUUGCGGAAAACAUCCGGUACGGCCGGGGAAAUGUCACCAUGGACGAGAUCAGGAGAGCUGUCAAAGAAGCCAAUGCCUAUGAGUUUAUCAUGAAAUUGCCGCAGAAAUUUGACACCCUGGUUGGAGAGAGAGGCGCGCAGUUGAGCGGAGGACAGAAGCAGAGAAUCGCCAUCGCGCGUGCCCUGGUGCGCAACCCCAGGAUCUUGCUGCUGGACGAGGCCACGUCGGCCCUGGACACCGAGAGCGAGGCCGAGGUGCAGGCGGCCCUGGACAGGGCCCGCAAAGGCCGGACCACCAUUGUGAUAGCUCACCGCCUGUCUGCAGUCCGCAGCGCCGAUGUCAUCGCCGGCCUCGAGGGCGGGGUCAUUGUAGAGCAAGGAAGCCACUGUGAGCUGAUGAGGAGAGAAGGGCUCUACUGCAAACUGGUCAGCGCGCAGACAUCAGGCAACCAGAUCCAGUCAGAAUCUGAACCUGAACUAAACGAAGCAAAGGCUGUUCAUGGCAUGGCCCCAAAUGGCUGGAAAUCUCGAAUAUUUAGGAAUUCUACUAACCAAAGCCGCAAAAGCUCGCAAAUGUGUCACAACAGCCUCAAUGCAGAGACCACUGAACUUGAUGACAAUGUGCCGCCAGCAUCUUUUCUGAAGGUCCUGAAACUCAGUGAAACCGAAUGGCCCUACUUUGUGGUGGGGACAGUCUGCGCCAUUGCCAACGGAGCGCUGCAGCCAGCAUUUUCCAUCAUAUUUUCUGAGAUGAUCGCAAUUUUUGGAACAGGGGACGACUCGGUGAAGCAGCACAAGUGCAACAUGUUCUCUCUGCUCUUCCUGGGCCUUGGGGUCAUUUCUUUCUUCACUUUUUUCCUUCAGGGAUUCACAUUUGGGAAAGCUGGCGAGAUCCUCACCAUGAGGCUGCGGUCCAUGGCUUUUAAGGCGAUGCUGAGACAGGACGUGAGCUGGUUUGAUGAUCAUAGAAACAGUACUGGCGCACUUUCCACAAGACUUGCAACGGAUGCGGCCCAAGUCCAAGGAGCCACGGGCACCAGGCUGGCUCUGAUUGCACAGAACGUCGCGAACCUCGGAACGGGCAUCAUCAUCUCCUUCAUCUACGGCUGGCAGCUAACUCUCUUGCUGUUAGCAGUCGUUCCAUUUAUUGCUGUAUCGGGAAUUGUUGAAAUGAAAAUGUUGGCUGGAAAUGCCAAAAGAGAUAAGAAAGAGCUGGAAACGGCGGGCAAGAUUGCAACCGAAGCAAUAGAAAAUAUUAGGACAGUUGUGUCCUUAACCCAGGAAAGAAAAUUUGAAUCAAUGUAUGUUGCCAAAUUGGACGGGCCUUACAGGAACUCAGUGAGGAAGGCGCACAUGUACGGGAUCACAUUUAGUGUCUCGCAAGCAUUUAUGUACUUCUCCUAUGCCGGCUGCUUUCGGUUCGGGGCCUAUCUCAUCGUGAAUGGACACAUGCGCUUCAGGGAUGUUAUUCUGGUGUUCUCGGCGAUUGUGUUUGGCGCUCUGGCUCUGGGACACACAAGUUCAUUUGCUCCUGAUUACGCCAAAGCCAAGCUGUCUGCAGCCCACCUAUUCCAGCUGUUUGAGAGACAGCCUUUGGUGGACAGCUAUAGUCAGCAGGGGUUGCGGCCUGAUAACUUUGAAGGAAAUGUAAAAUUUAAUGAAGUUGUGUUCAACUACCCCACUCGGCCAACCGUGCCUGUGCUUCGAGGGCUGAGCCUCGAGGUGAAGAGGGGCCAGACCCUGGCCCUGGUGGGCAGCAGCGGCUGUGGGAAGAGCACAGUGGUACAGCUCCUUGAGCGCUUCUACGACCCCAUGGCCGGAGCGGUGCUUCUGGAUGGUCAGGAAGCAAAGAAACUAAAUGUGCAGUGGCUGCGAGCCCAGCUGGGCAUCGUGUCCCAGGAGCCGGUCCUGUUUGACUGCAGCAUUGAGGAGAACAUUGCCUAUGGGGACAAUAGCCGGACAGUGACCCAGGAGGAGAUUGUGAGGGCCGCAAAGGAGGCUAACAUCCACCAGUUCAUCGAGACGCUGCCCUAUAAAUACAAGACGCGUGUGGGCGACAAGGGGACUCAGCUCUCUGGUGGGCAGAAGCAGAGGAUUGCGAUCGCCCGAGCUCUGGUCAGGCAGCCGCGAAUCCUGCUGCUGGACGAGGCCACCUCGGCGCUGGACACCGAGAGCGAAAAGGUGGUCCAAGAAGCCCUGGACCAAGCCAGGAAAGGCCGCACCUGCAUCGUGAUCGCGCACCGCCUGGCCACCGUGCACAGUGCGGACGUCAUCGUGGUGGUUCAGAAUGGCAAGGUCAGGGAGCAGGGUACCCACCAGCAGCUGCUGGCGCAGAGAGGCAUCUACUUCUCCAUGGUCAGCAUGCAGGCCGGCACACAGGACUCAUGACCUCUUGUCACCAUUUAUCUUAAAAUAAAUUCAAAU